AUGGCCGACUUCGACCACGACACCGCCCCUUAUCCCGACGAACCGCGGUACGACCGCGAUGCUCGCAGUGCUUCCCCCCGACACGAGCCCCGUGCUGACCGCGACCGCGCUCGCUCCCGCUCUCGCUCCCCCAACGGCCGCCCUGAUGAUCGUGAAAGGUACGUAAAUGAAGACGUAUAUGAAGACUUCUAUGAAGAAGUUCAAGAAUACGAGUGGAUUCGAAACGGCAGGAACUGGGCUGACCAACCUCGCUGGACCAGAGUGCGCCGACCCCCGCCUGAAGAAGAUGAAGAGGGUGCUCAGAACCCCGGCUCCAACCUCUUCGUGACUGGUAUCCACCCACGUCUGACUGAGGAUGACCUCACGCGCCUGUUCGAAAAAUAUGGUGAGGUGGAGAGUUGCUCGAUCAUGGUCGAUCCUCACACUCGCGAGUCCCGUGGCUUUGGUUUCGUCAACAUGAUCACGUCCGAGCAAGCCGAUGCUGCUAAGGAGGGCCUCCAGGGUGAAGUCAUCGAGGGCCGCACUCUCAGCAUCGAGAAGGCGCGUCGUAACAAGCCUCGUACUCCUACCCCCGGCAAGUACUUCGGACCUCCCAAGCGUGGUUUUGAUGACCGUGGCCCCCCUCGCCGCGGUGAACGCUACGAUGAUCGUCGUGCUCCUGGCGGUGGCAACUGGCGCCGUCGUGAUGAUGACUACUACCGCUACGAUCGCUACGACCGUGAAUCUUACAGCGACCGCCGUGGCUACGGCCGUGACUAUGACCGUGGCGGCGACCGCGGCGGCUACCGUGGCCGAGACUACGGCGACCGCGACUACCGUCGUGGCUCCCGUGACGACUAUGGCUACCGUGGUGGUGGUGGCGGCGGUGGUGGCUACGACCGCUACAGCCGCGAUGAUCGCCGUGAUGACCGCCGUGGCGGAGCUCCAAGUGGUACUGCUGGUGAUGAUGCUGGUGGUCGUGCUUAUUACGAUCGUGAUGCUAAUGCCGCUAGUUAUGAUGCGCCUCCCCGUGAGCCCCGUGGCGGUGCCGGCGGUGAUGCCUAUGGCGGCCGCUCCUACGAGGGUCGUGGCGAUGAGCGUUACUCUGGCCGUUAA